AUGAGUGCGAGGAGAAAAGGUGGGAAGCCAAACAGAGGAGGAGGGAGAUUCAACAAACCAAGAGGAGGUGGAGGAAGAGGAGGAGGAGGUGGAGGUGGAGGUGGAGGUGGAAGCCGAAAAGGAGGAGCUGGUUGCUGGGAUGAUGGUGAUGAUUUCAGCCUUGAUUUUGGGGCCUCUCGUUCCAGCAGACCUGGUAAAGGACGAGGAGGAGGAGGAGGAGGAGGAGGAGGAGGAGGUGGGAGCCGUGGCGGUGGCAGAGAUCGGGGUAGAGGUGGCGGGGGUAGAGAGCGAGACAGAGAUAGGAGGGAUGGAAAAAUCUUUAGUAAAGCUCUUCCGAGGUCCCUGGCGAGUUCCAGGACGUACUCAAAGCCAGGUGAGGGCAUCAGAACGGAGGUGAGCGAUAUGCCCUUGCAGAGGAUCUUCAUGACUACUGACAACCAAGAGCAGCUCAAGGAGUUGCUGCGUGAAUUACAGACCCUGGACUUUGACGAGCCGUAUGACCGAUCUGAUACAGAAAAUGCGUUGGAAGAUGAUGACGAAGAGGAGGAGGAAUUUGAUGAGCUGGAUCACCGUGAGGAAGGGCAGUUUUGGGCUACUAAUGAUGAACCUGUGGAGAGAGCAGAGAGCCCAGGGUUUGACCCAGAGUCCGACGAGGAGCGGCCCACCCCGGAACCUGUUAUCUCCCUGUUUGCUGUAGGAAAACUAAGCAGGUAUGGGUUUGACAGGGAGCGCAGCAGACGGGCGCUGGAAGCUUGUGGAGGGGAGUUUGGAGCCACCCUAGAAAACCUCCUCCAGCAGGUUUUUAGUGAACGUUACGGCCAGGAAGCAGUUUCCCCCGAUGGCCUCCAGAGCCUUCCUAUGGACGAGUGCUUGAGUCAGAGGCAGGAGGAAGCUCUGGCGCUAGCUGCUAUUUACGGCGAGCGCUUCAGCGAGCGCAUAGCCAACGCGGUCUGGACAGUGACCCUGGACUUCUCGCUUUUCUCAGCCGGUGCUGCUGCUGUUACGACAGAAAAGGAUAAAAGCCGGAACGGCGGACGAGGCGGUAGCAACCGUAACAUUUGCAAGUUUUACCUGAAAGGUCAAGGCUGCCGCUUUGGAGAGAAAUGCAAGUUUAAACACGAACUCCCAAAAUCUGAAGCUGCUUCCGUGGACCUGACCGGCCCGAGCCAGCCCGGCUUCAGCAGCUACUCACCUCCCGAGUACGAACUGGAGAUUCGAUUCCCCAAAGGGAACCGCUAUCCUUUUCAGGCGCCGAUCGUUGCCUUCAGCACCAACGACGAGUCUCUGGGAGCCGCCGGGCGGCUCAGCGUGACCGAGAGGUUAUUCGGCGAGGCGCUGGCUGCGGCGAAGAGCAGCGAGCCAGUUGUUUACACACUUAUUUCGUUGUGCGAGGAUGAAGCCACCAUGAAGGAGCUGCUGGCCGUCAGUCACCAUAAAUACAGCACGCCGCCGCCCGUCGUGACGCCUCCCACACCUUCCCCUGGCAUUGUGAAGAGUAAGAGUGUGAGAAGCAGCGCUCCCGAGGAGAGCCGGAGCAGCAGCACCAGCAGUAGUAAUUAUACAAACAGCAGGAGGGCUGCUCCAGUUUACAACCACAGAGCCGUAGAUUUGAAAGAGACGGCAGGAGAAGCAGAGGAACUGGCGGAGAAGGACGAAGAUGAAGAGGAAACGGCCGUUCCGGUUGAGAACGAGAGCUACGUCAAUCUGAGGAAGAAUAUGGUGAAUAAGCACAAUCAGAACAUGGGCAACCUGCUGCAAGAAAAUGGCAAGCUGUGUCGGGAAUUCCAGAAGAAACAGUCAUCCCGGCGCUUCAGGUCCAUGCUGGAGCAGAGGAGGAGCCUCCCCGCCUGGCAAGAAAAGGAGAACAUCCUGGAUGUGCUGGACCGCUGUCAGGUGCUGGUGGUCAGCGGGAUGACUGGGUGUGGAAAGACGACGCAGAUCCCUCAGUUCAUCCUGGAUGCCUCUUUGUCCGGCCCCGCCGAGCAAGUGGCCAACAUCAUCUGCACUCAGCCGCGGCGCAUCUCUGCCAUCUCCGUGGCUCAGAGGGUGGCGCAGGAGCGCGCCGAGUGUCUCGGCAACUCCGUGGGCUACCAGAUCCGCCUGGAGAGCGUCAGGACGUCGGCCACCAGGCUGCUGUACUGCACCGCAGGCGUGUUGCUGAGGAGGCUGGAGGGCGAGGCCGACCUCAGAGAGGUCACGCACGUUAUUGUGGAUGAAGUCCAUGAGCGAACGGAGGAGAGUGACUUCUUACUCCUGGUGCUGAAAGACUUGAUCGUGCAGAGACCAGACUUGAAGAUUAUUCUCAUGAGCGCCACUCUUAAUGCCAACCUCUUCUCUGAGUACUUCUACAACUGCCCGACUGUCCACAUACCAGGGCGAACGUUCCCCGUCGACCAGUUCUUUCUUGAGGAUGCUAUAGCAAAAACUCGGUAUGUCAUUGAGGAUGGCAGCCCUUACAUGCGCUCAGGGAAACCCAGCUCAUCUUCCACGAGUGGGCGAGGAGGCAGAAGCGAUCCCAGAGACGUAGCGGAGGACCUGGAUGACGACGGCUGGAACUUUACGUCCUUCUGUAAGAAGGACUUUGUGAAAGACACGGUCCCAGACCAGCAGCUCAGCCUGCAGGAGCUUUCAGUCAGAUAUAAAGAUACGAAGAAAUCUGUGCUCAAGACCAUGGCUGCAAUGGAUCUGGACAAGAUCAACAUGGACCUGGUGGAAAGCCUGCUGGAGUGGAUCGUUGAUGGGAAGCACAAUUACCCACCAGGUGCAGUCCUGGUUUUCUUGCCCGGCCUCGCUGAGAUCAGGAUGCUCUAUGAGCAGCUCCAGUCCAACAGAAUGUUCAACAACAGGGGCGCAUCAAGGUGUGUGGUGUACCCACUUCACUCCACUUUGUCCAACGAGGAGCAGCAGGCGGUCUUCAGUCGGCCCCCCGACGGCGUCACAAAGAUCAUCAUCUCCACCAACAUCGCCGAGACCUCGGUCACCAUCGACGACGUGGUCUACGUGAUCGAUUCCGGCAAGAUGAAAGAGAAAAGGUAUGAUGCGUCGAAGAGCAUGGAGAGCCUGGAGGACUCCUGGGUCUCUCGCGCCAACGCGCUGCAGAGGAAAGGUCGAGCCGGCCGCGUGGCCUCGGGGGUCUGCUUCCACCUCUUCACCAGCCACUGUUUCCAGCACCAGCUGUCCGAGCAGCAGCUGCCCGAGAUCCAGAGAGUUCCCCUGGAGCAGCUCUGCCUUCGGAUCAAGAUCCUGGACGUGUUCUCCGAGCAGACGCUGGAGUCGGUGUUCUCUCGCCUCAUCGAGCCCCCGGCGAUGGGAAGCCUGGACGCAGCGAGGCACCGCCUCCGGGAUCUGGGCGCUCUGACCGCCGAGGAGAAGCUGACCCCGCUGGGCUACCACCUGGCCUGCCUGCCCGUCGACGUGCGCAUCGGGAAGCUCAUGCUGUUCGGCGCCAUCUUCCGCUGCCUCGACCCGGCGCUCACCAUCGCCGCCAGCCUGGCCUUCAAGUCGCCGUUUGUUUCUCCAUGGGAUAAGCGAGAUGAAGCCAAUGAGAAGAAACUGGCCUUCGCUGUGGCCAACAGUGACCAUCUCGCCCUGUUACAGGCAUACAAGGGAUGGAGCUGUGCCGCAAAAAAUGGCAACCAGGCCGGCUUCGUUUACUGCAGGGAAAACUUUCUGUCAUGGCGCGGUUUACAGGAGAUUGCCAGCCUCAAGAGGCAGUUCGCCGAGCUGCUGUCCGACAUCGGCUUCAUCAAGGAAGGACUGAGGGCUCGGGUGAUCGAGCGCAUGAGCUCAAGAGGCAGUGACGGCGUCCUGGAGGCGACCGGUCCCGAGGCAAACUUGAACUCAGAAAACAUCCGGCUCAUGUCAGCCAUGCUGUGCGCUGCUCUCUACCCCAACGUGGUCCAGGUACGAGCUCCUCAGGGGAAUUACAAGAUGACCAGCAAAGGAGCCAUGAAGAUGCAGCCCAAGGCCAACGAGCUGCGCUUCGUGACCAAGAAUGACGGCUACGUGCACGUGCACCCCUCGUCUGUAAACUACACGGUUCGCCAGUACAAGAGCCCGUACCUGGUGUACCACGAAAAGGUGAAGACGAGCCGCGUCUUCAUCCGGGACUGCAGCAUGGUGUCCGUGUAUCCGCUGGUGCUGUUCGGAGGCGGCCAGGUCAACGUGGAGAUGCACAAGGGCGAGUUCGUCGUCUCCCUGGACGACGGAUGGAUCCGAUUCGCGGCCACCUCACAUCAGGUGGCCGAACUGGUGACGGAGCUGCGCUGGGAGCUGGACCAGCUGCUGGAGGACAAAAUCAGGAGUCCGAGCAUGGACCUGUGCAGCUGCCCACGCGGAUCCCGCAUCAUCCGCAUGAUCGUCCACCUCAUUUCCACUCAGUAGCUGCAAAUGCUACUGAGCGAAGGAUCUGACCGCUGUGUGAAUAUCUUCCUGCUUCUUGGCGGUUUAGUCCACCAAUGAGGGAAAGAGCAGUGGAGCGACGGCAUAAAGGACUGUCUUACAUCUUAUUUUUAUCGAAAAGUGAGGUGAAGGGAAGAACAAUCGCCAAACCCCACACACCCUGUUUGCCACCUGACACUUGAACACAGCGCACAGCAACUCACGCCUUCCCAAAAAUAUCAGGCUCUAUGCAGGCGAUCAGACAAACUUCCAGCAUUGCCGUUACUGGAAAAAAAAGCACUUUUCUUCCUUGUUCUCAACUGACUUGUUUUGGUAUUUGCUCGAUAGGACAAGUCCUGUGGUUUGACACCAUACUAAUAUUGUAUGAACUUUGGCAUGCAACGGAUACAAUUUGUCACUUAUUUGUGAAGUAUACUUUUGUUUUCAAGUUGUGUCUUGUUCACAACUGAGAGCUUUCCUGGGUCCAUGUUGGAUUCCUCAACGAAUACACUCUUGAUAAUGGUCGUUAAUUUAUUUCCAAUGCAUGAUUUGAGAGAUCCAAGAGCUUCUGCAUGAAAUUCAGUCGUUUACAUUUUCUGAAUGUAAUGAAACAGUGGUCACGUCAUAACUACGCCUUCACAAUGUGAAUGCAAGGGCUUUAAAAAAAAAAAAAACAAGAUGAGGAGGGUCUGGUCGGAGUUGCCAAAGAAUUUGUAAGUUUUUGUCUUAACCAGUCUGCACUACUAAUAAAAAGUGAAGAUACCUGGA